AAGACAAAGCAGUUUGGUUGAAGUGUGUGUAUGCACAGAGAAAUAUUUGUGAGGGUACCUAAUCUGCUGUGUAAACAAGGUUAAAAGUGUACGCAGCAGAUCAGCAUACCCUAGGUGUAGAUUUUUGUUCAUGACCCACUUUCUUAGCUGAAAACAGCUUGUUUUCUGGCUUUUUUUAGGCCUGUGUGCUAGACAGAAACUGUUGAGGGAGAUUCCUCAUAAUAAAAUGGAUGCUUUAAUUAGGCUGGUGAUGUUUAUUUGAGGGUAUUUUCAAGUUCCACUUAAUCUGAGAAAUACUCUUAAGGCUGUAGUACAGCUCAGAGGAUACAUCACAAGCCCUUAGGUUCUUCACAUCAAUCACAGCUGCCAUAAUGUAACCUUUUUGAUACCUAGUGCCAAAUUUACCUCUGAAAACUUUGUAGCUUGUUGGCAGUGCCAACCCCAAUCUUGGUCGUUGUCAGUGGCUCACCCCUGUUGCUGUUAAUGUUUUUUAGACAUUGCAUUUUGUUGCAGAUAACGGCCAAGUCUGUGCUCUCCUUUUUAAGGACAAUACUUUUCUACCAUCUGUGUUUUUUGUUUGAGUUAUGCUGAUGAUUGGUGCUAAUUUAAAUUAAUGUACAAACCUAAGUGGAGGACAGACCUGCAUAAAUCCAGGCUUGACUAUCUUAACCACUAAGCUAUUCAACAAUAUGUUUGCUUUUCUGAUCUCUUCUCUCAGAUCACGUAUUUUUCAUCUGAUGCAUACAUAGUCCAACAUGAAGGUCAUGUUGCUGUUUAAACAAACUAGAGAGAAUUUAGUUACAAACACCACAAUCGUAGAGGAAAGCUGAAAGCACUGGAAUUAAAGCUGACCGUUGUUAAUAGCGUAGUGUAAUUUUUAUUAUCAUAGUAGAAGUGUGGAUACUCUAGGCCUAUGAUACUUAUUUUAAGAUAUGAAGUAUGACAUGUGAAAUCAUUGUCAAAAUAUAUUUGGGAAGAUAUGAUUCCUCUAGGAAACAAUAUAGGAACUUUUUGAGUUUACCCCGUGUAUGUUGCUGUAAUCACUAUUAAAUUAUAUAUACAGUAAAAUCAUACCACAGGUUUUAAGACACCCUAGCACAUGGAAAUACACCUAGGUUUAAUGCAGACCUUCCAGUUCCUUUAAAAGUUACAAAGCUAAUUGAAAUAAAAAACUUUUUGAAGAGUUGUUCUGAGUUGAGGUAUUGCUCUGUUACAUCAGGAUGUUAAAAAAAAAAAAAAAAAGCAAGUUGAUCCUGUUAUUUCAAUUCUAAUAAUGAUCAAAACUGCUUGAUUAACGAUUUAAAUAGUGCUAACUCUUUGUACUUCAACUUAUUUUUGACCUUGGUAUGGAUAGGCAUAUAAAAUUAGUUUGAAAUUGCUAUUCUGAGUUUCUAGCAAUACCGUGCAAUGUUGAAAUCAGUACGCUGACAACAUUUCUGAAGAUCAGGUCUGGGGAAGCAUGUGGAUCUUUUUCUAAAAUGGUGGAAAGAAAAAGACAUUCUGAAAAGAGCAUUCUUUUUCCAGAUGUAAUGUGUGUGAGAGAUGAUGGGUGAUGGGUCUCAAGCUGGUGCAGUUCUCUGCGUCACUUGAGUAGGGAAACCUGUUUAAUUAGCAUUUCAUGGAACUUUGCCCGGGUUUUUUAGAAAUUUGCCCUGGGUUUUUUAGGAAUGAUCACAAAUCCUUAUAGAUGCAGUGUAUGUUGAUUCAGUGUACCUUCCAGUAAAUUACACUGCUUCAGUCCAUGCCUUUCUAGUGUAAGUGUGUCUCUUUUAGGAGCGUGCCUUAGUGGAAAUACACUGGCGGCUGCAAGAUCUCAUGUUAGCAGAUGUCCUGCAACAACUGUUUUGUGCCUUUUAAUUUUGACCAUCUGAUGUUGACCAGUGCAGUGGUAGAAGGGGGAUAAGGCUGGGUCCAGGAUCCCUGGGGCAGGACACCAAUCUGAAAGAUGCUGCAAUAUUUUAAGCCAAACAAUCUUCCUUUGAGUUGCAGACUCUGCUGCUCUCUUGUCUGUGUAGGCUGUGAUGUGGUACCCCAGGCUUCCCAAGCUGCAGGUUUUUCAGCUCAUUUCCUUCUCCACAGAGCCCAUUUUGCACAGUUUCACCUAGACUCUGGUCAAGUGCUGUUACAUAUCCCUUGGGUAACAGCAUGAUGUUCAGAGUUUUAUAGAAUGUAAAAAAAUUAAGUAGUGUACAAAAAAGCGGUAUUAUUUCCUAUUGAACAGAAGUAAAAUAGCAAGAAUAAUUUGAUGUAGGUUUUAAUUACUAGUUGUGGUAUGUGGCUAAUGAUACUGUAGAGAAUGCAUUGCAGUAAUGAAAUGUGGAAGUUCCGGGGGUGGUUAAUGCAAAGAAGUCCAAACCCAGCAGAAACUCUUCCCUAUUUAUUCAAUUAUAGACAAAACUCUCUGUUCACACAGUUGUGUAGGAGCUCUUAGAAGUCUGAAAACAUACUCAGGUUGCUAUAAGAAUAACUAUAACAGUCUCAAGACUUUAUUUCAGAGCCAAUGAUGUUUUUAUUGUCUGAAAGAAUCUUGUUAUAAAGCAUUGCCUAGCUGUUGUGCUAGCCAAGCUUGAUGGAAAUGACAGUUACUGGAGAGUACCCUCUAACACAGUUCAGUGGAGUUCAUUUGUAACACUACAUGGAGUGGCAGCAGUACUUAACUAAGUGUGCUGCUUUGAAAUGGAAAUCUCAUUUCAAUUUUAAAUAUAUUUUAUUGUACUAUAUAUAUAACCUUUUGAUAGUAUCACUGUACUUAUUGUAGUGUUACUAAAUGAUCUCAAGAGAGCAGCUGAAGAAUUUUUCUGGAAAGGGAAGAAAGGGAAAUUCCGACACUGCAGAACCUUCUUGAUAUGCCCCAGUACUAGCAGUGGAAGAGUAUAGGGGAAGUGUGGGGCAUGGUAUUACUCAAAGGUUUCCUGACCUUACAGUGCUGGUCCUUGGAAUGGUCUGUCAAGUAGAAAUCAGCUUUGGAUUGACUAUUCUUAAGAAAUUUUGUGAAUACUGGUAUCUGUUAGUUAAAAGUGACUAAAUGUGCAUGAGUUUUGUUGGAAAGGCCUCUUCAGUUGCUGUUGUUAGUGCAUUAGGAACAUGAUUUUUGAGUUCAACAGUAAUUUUGCUAGGUUUUUAACUCUCUUCCACUAGAUGGCCCAAGCAUGCUUUCAAGUACCCUAUGAGAACCAAAACUUUUACUUCCUUUCUAAAAUAAAUUCAUGUCAUUUUAACUGAAGUUAAAAUUUUACAUCAUGAAACCGAAGUAAACUUCUGUGAUGCUUUGUGCUUGUUUAAGAUGCAAACACUUUAUAUCAACCGAGAGAGUGUUGGUUAAUGUAAGUAAUACAUGGUGAUGAAGGUUAUAUCAUGUAUGAUCUUCCAUGUCCCUCUUUUUCAUUGAUUAGAAUAUCUCUUAGUGGGUGUAGUACAGAGCUGUUUAGUUUUGCAUUGAGAUGAGAACUGAUGUACUGUCAUUCUGACAGUGUGUUCAACAGUAGUGGCUCAGAGAGACUCUGAAAAGGUGUUGAUCUCAGGCUAAAGUUUGUCCUUAACAUCUCCUGGGAGUGAGACUUGUAUUUUGCUGGCCACCAUAAUUAUUUUUUUUAAUUUUGCUGCUUGAUUUUUGCUGCAUAGGGUUUUGGUAACAACUUUGCAGCGUAUUUCACCAGUAUAGAUGUGGUCAUUUAAAUACUACACUAUAAGUGUACAGACUGUAAUAUAAGUGUACAGACUGUAAUUUAAUUCACCUAUUUUUGUUGUCUAACAGACAUCAAGUAUAAGCUUGUUAUCAAGGCUGUCUUUUUGGUUAGUGGAGAAAGACAAGUGUAUACAGAAGGCUGAGUGUGGUUGGACACUGGAACAAGGCUGAAGACAUGGUGGGAUGUUCAUCUACAGAGACAUUCAGACCUCAGCAGGACAGAGCCCUGUGCAGCCUGAACCUGUUGGGCCAGUUCUGACUGGGAGAUUGAACUAGGUGACCUUGAGAGGUCCCCCCCCAGCCUCAAAUAUUCUAUAAUUCCCAAAGGAGACUUGAUUAGUUCCUUUUCUCUACUGGUGUUUAAAGCAAAAAUAAAUACAAGGAAAAUGAAUUGUCUUUCUGAAAUAGUUCCUAACUUCAGUUACGUUCCAGCUUUCCUUUUGCUUCUGAGGACCUUGACGUGGUGGUAUUAGACCACCAGAAAAAGUGUGUGUCUGUGUGUGCACUUUUCCUUCUGAAAUUGUACCCCCCUGCAAAACAAAAAAAGGGGGUCCCCUGUAAAGGGAGUACUAUAUUCCUUCAUUUCACUGUUGCACUUGUCAGAUGGCCUCCCUGUCCUAUUACUGUUUUAUAUCAUUACUCCUAGUGUCUCCCUUUAACAGAAAUAGUAGAUUUUCUCUUAUUCCUGUUUCUUGUUUGCUCUUUCUCAUUAUGGAAGAGAGUCAGCUGUUGUCCCUUCCUCUGCAUCUGACUCUGUGCUCCUUUUUUCCUUCCUUCCUUUUUCCAUUGUCAGUAUUUGUCCUGUACUGCCACUUUCCUGCUCGUCUUCCCUUUACUGGCUGGAGGCAAAUCAACAUGUCCAUGUGUAUUAGAAGUGUGGACAUAAGUAGAAUAUGAUUUUGGUGAAGGGGAUAUGUCUGCCUGCAGUCAGUUGUAUAGACAAAGAGAUAAUCUACUCCAGUUUGUGGCUCUACUGAUAUGUGUUGGAGUUCUGCAUUUGCAGUAUUUCUGUGUUCCUUUCUAAUUUCUUCCAAAGUCAAUAGUUUUCAGCUGAUUGAGCAAUAUACCACACAGAUUUUGCCAGUUGAGCCAGGUGCAGAGAACUUUCUAAAUAUGUUUGUUUUGUGAUCGAAGUUUGUGUUUAAUGGGAUUUCUUUCUGAGCUGAUAUACUGUAAUUUUGUGUAGGAAACAGACUGCGUGGCCUUGCAAUUGCUGUUAUGAGUAAUACAGGAUUAACUUUGCUUUUAACUGGAAACAGAACUGAUGAAAGUAAUUCCAUUCUUAGCAUCCUGGUAGUGGAAAACAUAGGUACAGGACUAAAAUGUUACUGAUAUAUUUUGGUUAGUAGUGUGAGUUGUGGUUUAGUUCUAAAUUUUCUCUUUACUGAACAGAUUUAAUAGGAAGUGUGACAUAAAGUGGAUUUAAAAAGAUGUUAUAUGAGGAAAUCUUUGAUGCAACAGAAAAUAGAUAGGUGUCGUUUGUCUACCUGUUGUUUUGCAUGCUCUGUGUUAUAUGGAGCUUUGAGCGUGGUAAAAUGGAGUAUCUAAAGAUGAUGUGAAAGUUUUUUUUAGCUAGUAUCUUGGUCAUGUCUCAAAAUUUUACACUUAACGUUUUAGAAACCGUAGGCAGUUGAAGCAGGCAAUGUUUGUUUUCGGGCAGAUAUUUUACUUCAUAUACCUGUUGUGUGUAGUUCAAUAAUAUACUUAUUGUGUCAUUCUAUAGCUAGGAAUACAGAACUUAUAUUUUAGAGUAAAAAAUAAUGAAGUGAUAGUGAUGGAUAAGAUGUCAGAAAAGUGUUGUUUCAUGUCUGUCUAAAUGCAUUUACACAGUGGUAUCUCAUAAAUACGUGUAGGCAUUUUGGGUAAGUGAAUGUAGUGCCUUUAGGCAUGUGACAUAGCCAUGGUGUAGUACCAUCUGAAAGCUGGACAAAGCUGCAGAACAUUGCAGUAUCAGAUGUCACUAGUAGAUUUGGGAAAGAAACUUUUAGAAGCUGCACGAGCAGGUCAAGAUGACGAAGUUCGCAUUUUGAUGGCAAAUGGAGCACCUUUUACCACGGAUUGGUUGGGAACAUCUCCACUUCAUCUAGCAGCACAGUAUGGACACUACUCAACAACAGAAGUGUUGCUGCGAGCAGGUGUAAGUCGGGAUGCCAGAACCAAAGUGGACAGAACUCCAUUACAUAUGGCAGCAUCAGAAGGCCAUGCCAGCAUUGUAGAAGUCUUACUUAAGCAUGGUGCUGAUGUCAAUGCGAAGGACAUGCUCAAAAUGACUGCACUUCACUGGGCUACUGAACAUAACCACCAAGAAGUUGUAGAACUCUUAAUAAAGUAUGGAGCAGAUGUUCAUGCUCAGAGUAAAUUUUGCAAAACAGCAUUAGAUAUUGCGGUAGACAAUGGAAAUGAAGACCUUGCAGAAAUAUUACAGAUUGCAAUGCAGAACCAAAUCAAUACGAAUCCAGAGAGUCCGGACACUGUCACGAUACAUGCAGCAACACCGCAGUUCAUCAUUGGACCUGGAGGGGUGGUGAACCUAACAGAUGAAACAGGAGUGUCUGCUGUACAGUUUGGAAAUUCAUCAACGUCAGUAUUAGCCACAUUGGCAGCUUUAGCAGAAGCAUCAGCUCCACUGUCUAAUUCUUCAGAAACACCAGUUGUGGCCACAGAAGAAGUUGUGACUGCAGAAUCUGUGGAUGGUGCUAUUCAGCAAGUUGUCAGUUCUGGAGGUCAGCAAGUUAUUACUAUAGUUACAGACGGCAUUCAGCUUGGGAAUCUUCAUUCGAUUCCAACCAGUGGAAUAGGGCAACCAAUCAUUGUGACCAUGCCAGAUGGACAACAAGUAUUAACAGUUCCAGCAACAGACAUUGCUGAAGAAACUGUGAUAAGUGAAGAACCACCAGUGAAGAGACAGUGCAUUGAGAUUGUUGAAAAUCGUGUGGAGUCUGCAGAAAUAGAAGAAAGAGAAACUCUUCAGAAACAGCUGGAUGAGGCAAACAGAGAAGCACAAAAAUACCGUCAGCAGCUUCUAAAGAAAGAACAAGAAGCAGAGGCCUAUCGGCAGAAGUUAGAGGCAAUGAACCGCCUCCAGACUAAUAAAGAAGCUGUUUAAUAAAAAAUGAACAUACUGCAAAGCCUGUUACUUUCAAAAACCUGCAGUACAAUCUUGAACUGUACACUAUAUAGGUACAGACACAGGAUUACAUGAUAGAGAAGAUGCUACAAGUUGAUAACUGGACUUAAGCCGUGAGCUCUGAAUUUCUUGUAACAUAAAAACUCUGAAUUUAGAAAUUGUGAAAAGUAUUUAAAAUGAAAUACUGUAAAUAGUUGUUUUUUUUACAGUUUCAAAAUGAGUUGAUAAAUCUUUUUGAAGGGAUCCAGAAACACGAGAAGCCAAUGUUUUUGUGAAAUUUUUGAUUUUAGUAUGAAUCUAACUUCUGAAAAACAGAACAGUUUUAAGGGUGAUGUUGUUGAUUUAAGAUGACAACUUAAAAAUUAAUUAUGUGACAAAAUUAACUAACAGUUAUUUCUACAUGGUAACAACUUAAAUUUCUCUGAAUAAGACAUUUCCAGGUGGAAAUCUUUGUACAGCUUUAAGUAGUUGUCUCAGAUUCUCUGAAAACCAUUUUUGUUUUUUUUUUAUUUUAGGUGGUGAAAUUUUUAUAUUUAAUUUCAGAUAUAUCCAAGUAGAUUUACAUGUAUAUGAAGCUAAUAUUUUUUAAACUUUUCAGUUUGUACAUAUGCUGCAUGUUUUUAUAAUUUCUACACAUACAUCUUGCAUAGGUAUUUUUCAGCAAAGAUGAGAAAAAUUAUGAGAAAAAACGUUUAGCCUAUAGGUCCUUUGAAGUAAUCUAGCAGCCAGUUUUAUUGUGGAUGGUAUAUUUCUUGGAGGAAUGUAAUUCGUAAUUGAACAAAAAACAUUUAAUUUACACAUUAGGGGCAAUUUAAAAUUUGGUAGUGGAGGCAUUGAAACUUCACUUUGUGUGUCUUAUAAUUUUCCUGUGCAAACGUUUUAAAGUUCAGUAAUUAAUAGAAAAGAAUGUCUCCACUGGAACACAAAUAGCAUUUCUUCUAGAAUAUUCCUAUUGAUCUUCUCCCCAAUAGCCUUGAAAUCAUUUCAGUGAUUCAUUUUUUUCUAAAUGGACUUUUGCAUUUUAAUUAUGCAGUCGGGCAGGUAAUUUUUUUUACAUUAUAGUGAUGCUCUUCUUACCUAGCAUCAUUGUUAUUCACUGUGAUACUGUGUUUGUGUGUGUCUGUGCAGUGAUCUAUUAUGCUUAGGAUUUAUAUAGCACGUUUCAUCUUCAGAGCAUUGUAAAAUCUUUUAAAGAACACUUACUGUACUGCCUGAGGCAGGUAAGUGAGUGUUACUGUCUCAAUUUUAUAACUGGUAUAAGUGCAACACAGGGAGUGUUAAACGACUGGCCCAAGACCACAUGAAUCUGUGGUAGACCUGGGAAUAGAUCUCAGGAGUUCCUGGCUUCUAGUCCUGUGCUUAGACUGAGCUGCCUUAAGAUUGUUCAGUGCUGUGUUACAUUAAAUUUUGAACUACUGUGCAGAUUCCUUUUUUGUAAGAUAAAACUCCUUGUGCUUUGCUUUGUUGUUCCAUGUUUCACUGCUUUUAUGGAAUUGUUUAUAUAAACUUAAGCAAAAAGUCUAGUUUACCUAUACUGUACACAGAAGAAUUACCCUUAAAACUGUACUCUGGCCUACUUUUUCUAUUUUACGAUUAAAUAUCUUUUCCACAUAUAUAUAUAUAGUGUAGAAUCAAUUCCAUUUCAAUAGUUUUGUAUGUGCAUUAGAAGGUCAAAGCUCUGCUGUGUUAGGCAUUCAGACAAGUAUGAAAAACCAGUUUGGGCUUAGAAUGGGCUUCAAAGGUAGGAGGGAGGAGUGGGGAAAGAAUUAUGUUAUAAAAUACAAUGUAAAGCCUUCUUCAAACUUUGAUCUGAGUUCAUAGAAUUGGCAGUUAGGAAAAAAUCCUAAAUAUCCAAGUAUUGGUAUAAAUUUGGCAAAUUUGAUCCCAGUUGGCAGAUUUGACACCAAAAUAAUCAAAAUAUAAUAAAAAAUGGAAAAUUAUGUGGUGGUAGUUUUUAGAAGAAUUAUUUUCAAGGAUAUAAUCGUGCUCAGCUGGUACUAGGACUUGAAGGAAGACUUGUGCAGUGAUUAGAAACUGCUAUAUUUUAGAUCUUUUUCAGAAAUUACCCAUUAUGUCACUAGUGAAUGUAGGAACCAGUGAGUCAAGUUAAAUGUGCUGGUUAAGCAUUGCUCCAAUUGAAUUAUUCUGUGAUCAAAAUAACAUUUGCGUCCACACAUCCCACAAACUUAACUGCAGUUUAAUCUCUGUGAACUCUUAAUAACGAUAAGAAUUUCAGCAUUAGUCUGAGUAGUGAUAGUGCUAAUGUUCAUG